GGGAAGGCAAAGGCAGGGAGCCAGGGACCAAUACUACAUAUAAGUUAAAUAGGGCAGCUGCUCUGUGAGGCUGAGAAGACUCAGAAGUGAAAGUUGAAGACUCCACAGGCUUCUUUGUCAGCACAGAAAGCGAAGCUUCUCUUUUUCUUCAUUAUUACCUCAACUCAAUUUUUGCAAACUUACUCGCUCAUUUAUUUCUUUUCUCAUUCUUCUCUUGACCCUUCUCUCAAUUCCAACAUAUUGCAUAUAAAAAAGGCGAAAUUUUCAAGGGAGGAAGGAAGGAAGGAAGAAGAAGAAAAAAAAAAAAAAGGAAAAACAAGAGAGACUUGAUAUGGAGUACUUUGAUCUUGAGGACCCAUUCACAAGCUUGAAAGAACACCAAUCUGAUACAAUCUCAGCUCUUUUCUCCUCAGAAUCUGACCACAUGCCUUCUCAGAACUACCUUCAAUGUUUAAAGACCAGUGACUUCUAUGUUUCUUUCCGACAGGAAGCCAUUUCUCUCAUUUUGCAGCUUGUUUUAGUUGGUCAGGCACAGUAUUCUUGUAACCUUGAUCCUUACACGCCAUACCUGGCUGUUAACUACAUGGAUCGGUUCAUCUCCAGGCAGGAUAUCCCGCAAGGCAAUCCAUGGGUUCUGAGGCUUCUUGUGAUAGCUUGCAUUUCUUUGGCUGCAAAGAUGAAGGAAAUACAUUUCUCUUCCUCUAAUUUCCAGAGAGAAGAAGGGUUCAUCUUCGAUGCCCCAGCUAUUCAAAGGAUGGAGCUUCUGAUUCUUGAUGCUUUGAAUUGGCGAAUGAGAUCAGUAACACCCUUCUCAUUUAUCUGUUUCUUCAUUUCUUUGUUCGAACUGAAAGACCCACCUUUGACACAAGCACUAAAAGAUAGAGCCUCAAACAUAAUCUUCCAAGCUCACGGUGAAAUCAAUCUGUUAGAGUUCAAACCAUCAGUCCUUGCAGCAUCAGCUCUUCUUUUGGCAUCUCAUGAGCUAUCCCCAUUACAGUUUCCGUCUGUGGAAACCUCAAUUUUGUCUUGUGAAUACGUGAAUAAAGAGAGCCUGUUAAAAUGCUUUAAUGCAACGCAGGACAUGGUGGUUAACCAAAUCAGCGAAUCGAUUGUAGAUACGGUGUCAAGCUCGAGUACAAGAACCCCAUUAAGUGUAUUGGACUGCCACUGCACCAAAGCAGAAAGUGAGAGUACCACUAGCACCAUGGCUGCCACUGCAAUGGCAGAAAAGAGAGAAAUCAAGCGUCGAAAAUUGAAUGAUUUUUGCAGCGAAAGCACUAGGGUACAGAUUUCUCAGAUUCAACCAUUUGGAUAAGAUUCAGCUAGAUUUUUCACUACCCGAUUGUCCUAAAGGUAAAAAAAAGAGAAAGUCAUGAAUGGCUUUGAUUAGUAGCUCAAGAGAGAGAUGGCACAAAAUCACCCAGGCAUCCUUCCUCCUUUUCUUCCCCUUUCUUUGUCUAAGAAACUUUUGAAAAAGAGAAUAAAAGAAUGAUAAAAAAAAAAGAGAUGAGAGAAAUUAGAUUAUUCCACUUCACUUAGUAAGUGUAAGCAGGGGCCAGCUGUUGGAGGAAGGGACAUGAAGGACAAAAGACAUGGCUUCAAAUGUCAAAAUAGUACUUGUCUUGUGUUAAUGUUGUGUUGUUUUGUAGCAGAUAGGGAAUGGCAAAUGCCUCAUUCAAUAAGAUAUUUUAAUGUAAACUUUCAGAAUAAGAACAUGGUUUUCUUGGAAAAAAGCACAGUUGGGAGGUUCCCAUUUCUCA